CGCUUUACCAGUGCAGUUGACUGAGGAAGGAUCGAGCGAGCGCGAGAAUGAUGUCGAGAACUCCGCACCUCGCGGCCGUCGUGAAAACCGAGCCCGGAACGGCGGGCGGCGCCUCCUCGGACGACGCGGCGGCGCCGGCGCCGCACCACCACCACCACCAGCCGGCGUCGAGGUUCGUCGUGCUGGCCGACCUCAACGUCGACCCUCCCGUGUCCGACGGCGACGAGCCCCUCCCUCCUCCCGCCCCGUCUCCUUUCAGCUCCAGGUUGAACAAUGAUGAAAGCAGCCAAGAGAAGAGUACAUUAAUCUCUAAAGAUGUAGAUGGUGCGGAAGGUGACUCUAGAAAGCUAAACAAGUUGGGGAAAUGCCGUACGAAGAUCAGUAAGGUAGAGUGCUCUCCUGAUUGUGGAGGUGAUGGCGACGUUGAUCAGCCUUGUCAGGGGACUCCUUCGUCUCGAGAAGAAAAAGUUAGCAGUCUAAAAACCGGUUUGGUUCAUGUUGCUAGGAAGAUGCCCAAGAAUGCCCAUGCUCAUUUCAUUCUUGGCUUGAUGUAUCAGAGGUUGGGCCAACCUCAAAAGGCAGUCUCUGUAUAUGAAAAAGCAGCGGAGAUCUUGUUGCGUCCUGAGAUUGAGAUUGAGCGGCCGGAGUUGCUCUCAUUAGUUCAGAUUCAUCAUGCACAGUGUAUUCUGUUAGAGAGCUUGGGGGAUGACAACUCAGAUAAAGAGCUUGAACAUGAUGAACUUGAGGAAAUUAUUUCUAAGCUGAGGGAGUCAAUGCGAGCCGAUACCAGGCAUGCAACUGUUUGGAACACCCUUGGCUUGAUUCUCCUUAAAACAAAUCGUGUGCAGAGUGCUAUCUCAGUUUUAUGUUGUUUGUUGGCUAUUGCUCCCAACAAUUUCGAUUGCCUCGGGAAUCUCGGGAUUGCUUACCUUCAAAGUGGAAAGAUGGAGCAAUCAGCAAAAUGCUUUCAAGGAUUAAUCCUGAAAGAUCAAAAUCAUCCUGCUGCUUUAAUGAACUAUGCAGCCCUUCUUCUCUGCAGAUACGGUGCUGUUGUUCCAGGUGCUGGGGCAAAUGCCGGUGAAGGUGCUUUGGUAGAUCAGCUUACUGCUGUCAAUCUGGCAAAGGAGUGUCUGCUAACAGCUUUGAAAUCAGAUCCUAAAGCAUCGCAUAUCUGGAUCAAUCUGGCGGAUGCAUAUUAUACGAUUGGUGAUCAUCGUAAUUCCAGCAAGUGCUUGGAGAAGUCAGUAAAAUUGGAUCCCGGUUGCAUGGCGACUCGAUAUGCAGUGGCACUCCACCGGAUCAAGGAUGUAGAGAGGUCUCAGGAUCCUUAUGAUCAGCUUUCUUUGGCUGGAAAUGAAAUGGCUUCAAUUGUGAGGGAUGGAGAUUCUGCAAUAAUUCAAGCUCCUGUUGCUUGGUCAGGGCUUGCCAUGGUUCAUAAGGUCCAACACGAGAUUGUGGCUGGAUUUGGAAAAGAAUCAAAUGAACUGAUGGACGUAGAAGAAAGUGCUACCUAUAGUCUGAAGCAGGCCAUAGCAGAGGACCCUGAUGAUGCUGUCCAUUGGCACCAGCUUGGCCUCCAUAGUCUUUGUACUAGACAUUUCAAAGAAUCACAAAAGUACCUCAAAGCUACGGUUGCUCGCAUGAGCAAAUGCAGCUGUGCAUGGUCAAAUUUAGGCAUCUCUCUGCAUUUGUCUGAGGAGCCAUCACAAUCUGAGGUAGUAUACAAGCGGGCUUUGGCAUUGACGGGAGCUGAGCAUGCGCAUGCUAUAUUUUCCAACCUUGGAAAUCUCUACCGGCGUCUUGGACAGUAUGGACGAGCCAGGGCAAUGCUCACGAAGUCUCUUGAACUCCGCCCUGGAUAUGCUCCUGCAUUCAACAACCUGGGUCUCGUGUUUGUUGCCGAGGGAAACUUGGAAGAAGCCCAAUAUUGUUUCAACCAAGCUCUACAGGCUGACCCGUUGCUAGAUGCAGCCAAGUCCAACAUGAUCAAAGCAGCGGCGAUGUCUAGACUUUGUGCGAGCAUGUCAUCAUGUAUCAUUUAAGAUCGAAACAUGCUGCAGUGAGAAAGCAUGAGACUUUUCGUGUAAAUAGGAUGUAAAUUCUUUGGCACGGUGCUUUCUUCGCUGUGGUCAUAUUUUGUUCUGAAAUGACGUGCCUUGGGUCUGUUGUAGAAGAUGAUCUUAUCAAUCCGAAGCCUCAUUUCUUUUGACUUC